AUGGUCUCGCUUCGCCUUGCCCUGCUGGGGGCCUGGGCCUUUACGGCCCUGGGCCAGCAGUGCGAUUGCGGCCAAUGCCCCAACUAUGAUUGGACGUCCACGUGCUUCGACAACUGCACCGUCACGGGAGACCCCCACGUGGAGCACAGCUGGCGCAAAGGCUACGAGAACGGCUUCGACUUCCAGCCGCAGGGCAUCUGGCGCCUGGCAAAGACGGAGACGUGUGGCGGCACGGUGGAGGUUCAGGCUUUCUUUUGCCAGUACUUCUUCACCAGGCUCAGCUCCGCCAUCGGCUACGCCAUCACCAUCAACAACGGCGACAAGUACAUCGUGAAGAGGGUCGGCGACGACUACGUGAUCGGGAGCCCCAACGUCGAGAGUGCAACCCUGAAGAUCUUGAACGACAACACUACGGACCCUGCGGCCGGAAUCAUCAUCACGAGUACCGACAACUGCAUCCGCAUCAAGCUGAACACCCAGCCUUUGUACGGACGUGCUGCGCAGAAGAAGUUCACCCCGGACGCCUACUUCAACAACAUCAUCAUCAAGGUCUGGGGCUGUGCGACGACGGAGGAAGGCAUCUGCGGUGCUGAGAAACUGUCAACCCAGUACAUUGACCCUGAGAGCGACGCGAACCUCUUCAAGACGCCGGACAACGAAAACCUGUGGCAGGAUCUCUGCGAGUUCUGCCAGGAAGAAGGCAAGGCCUUGACGCCUCCCGGCUGCCCCGCGCCCCCCGGUGGCGGCAUCAUGGAGCCCGGCUGCGAGUUCAUGAGGCCCUUCGGAAGCCCGCGCGACAAGCUGUGCUAUCCGGGGGUCACCGAUGACGCCGAGAACGAGGCCGCCCUCGCGGCUCUGAAGGAGGAUGGCGAGAACUGCGUUGCCUUCGUGAACCUGCAGACGCCAACCUUCCCGCGCAGGACUUGCAGAGACUGGUGCCAGGACCGAGGUGCUCGCUGCGUCGCGGCAUGGGACGAUGCGGGCACGGGAAGGUUCCCGAACGAUGCCUUCGCUUGCAACAUCUCGACUGCCACCGAGAAGUCUUGCGACGACCGCGCGAGGGAUACCCACUGCGUGUGCGAGAAGCCGGACAACAACGCGCCCGGAGAGAGUGUGGCGCAGACGUGCGCAGAUGCACGGGACCUGAACGGCUUCAACUUCUCCUACCUGGAUGCCGCUGACAUGUGCCGGACAGAGGCUAUCUGGCUGGACGGUGUGACCUACCCGCAGAACACGGAGCAACCCACGUUCGAGCAGCGGUUGCUGGUGUACUGUGUCCAGGACGUGUGUGCCACGGAUACAGAAGACAGGCGGGAAGUGGCCCGAAGUUACGGAGAUCGUGAUCCAAGCUUCCCUCCCAACAAGCCCAACCUCUGCAACGGCCCUCUGCUUUGCAACCUGAUCUGCACAGCAGGGUUGAUCCAGGAUUGGACCGAGUGCAUGGACGUUUGCACGGGCCACCGAUCCAUGCUGAUCCACGCAACAGGCCGCUACUGCAAGGCUGGGCUGUGCCCAAGCUUGCUGCAGGAGACGGAAAUCAUAGGGCUGCUGCAGCACCGACUAAAGCAGAACAGCACCUUGGAGAUCACGGAUGAGGCUGAGGCUGAGGAGACGGAGUCGAGGAGGUCCCGGAGGAAGUCCUGGUCCACCUCCUCCAGGAGGUCCAGCCGCUCCCGCCGCUCCAGCAGCAGCAGGUCGCGCAGGUCUGUCAGCAGCAGGUCUCGGCGGUCAACCUCGCGACGCGUCAUUCCCAAGUCGCCCAGCAGCCGGUCUCGGCGAUCAACAUCGCGACGAGUGGUCAUCGGGGUCCGCCGCCGCAAGGACGACGACGCUGGCCGCCGCCGCAUUCUCAAGGACGACGACAUCUGGGUGCGCCGCCGCAUUGUCAAGGACGAUGACAAAGACUCCCGUCGCCGCAUUCUCAAGGACGAUGACAAGGACUCUCGUCGCCGCAUUGUCAAGGACGACGACAUCUGGGUGCGCCGCCGCAUUGUCAAGGACGAUGACAAGGACUCCCGGCGCCGCAUUGUGAAGGACGAUGACAAGGACUCCCGUCGCCGCAUUCUCAAGGACGACGACAUCUGGGUGCGCCGCCGCAUUGUGAAGGACGAUGACAAGGACUCCCGGCGCCGCAUUGUCAAGGACGAUGACAAGGACUCCCGGCGCCGCAUUGUCAAGGAUGAUGACAAGGACUCCCGCCGCCGCAUUGUCAAGGACGAUGACAAGGACUCCCGGCGCCGCAUUGUUAAGGACGAUGACAAGGACUCUCGUCGCCGCAUUGUCAAGGACGAUGAUGAUGGCUCCCGCCGCCGCAUUGUGAAGGACGAUGACAAGGACUCCCGGCGCCGCAUUGUCAAGGACGAUGAUGAUGGCUCCCGCCGCCGCAUUGUCAAGGACGAUGACAAGGACUCCCGUCGUCGCAAGAAGGACGAUGAUGAUCGUGAUGAUAAGGACGAUGACGACGACAAGGACAAGUGCGUGGAUGAGGAUUCUCUGUGCAAGAAGAUCUGCUACGGCUUCAAGCUGGAGGGCAAGGAGCUUUACUGGUGCUUGCAUCGAUGCCACGCCAAGUUUGAUAUGCAGCUCAAACCCGGCAUGGACAGCUACUGCAUGGAGUGUGGCAAGUACUGCGGGCAUCCUGAUGUCACCACCAGCACCACGACCACGACAACCAGGACCCCCAGCACCGAGAUUUGUCCCUUCACCACCACGACUACGACGCACCCGGUCUAUGGGGAUGAUGACGAUGAUGAUGGCUCCCGUCGCCGCAUUGUCAAGGACGACGACAAGGAUUCGCGCCGCCGCAAGGCCGACGAUGAUGACGGCUCCCGCCGCCGCAUUGUCAAGGACGAUGACAAGGACUCUCGUCGUCGCAAGGCUGACGAUGAUGACGGUUCGCGACGCCGCAUUGUCAAGGACGAUGACAAGGAUUCGCGCCGCCGCAAGGCCGACGAUGAUGACGGCUCCCGCCGCCGCAUUGUCAAGGACGAUGACAAGGACUCCCGUCGUCGCAAGGCUGACGAUGAUGACGGUUCGCGACGCCGCAUUGUCAAGGACGAUGACAAGGACUCCCGUCGCCGCAUUGUUAAGGACGAUGACAAGGACUCUCGUCGCCGCAUUGUCAAGGACGAUGAUGAUGGCUCCCGCCGCCGCAUUGUCAAGGACGAUGACAAGGACACACGUCGCCGCAAGGCCGACGAUGAUGACGGCACGCGCCGCCGCAUCUUCAAGGACGAUGACGGCUCUCGGCGCCGCAUCUUCAAGGACGAUGACGGCACGCGCCGCCGCAUCUUCAAGGGCGAUGACGACGAUGGCACGCGCCGCCGCAUCUUCAAGGACGACAAUGGCAGCCGGGGUGCAAGCCCAAGCCAUCUGAUGCGGCCCAGCUGGCUCGAGCUCGUUUCCUCGGAUCUCGGCGCCAUGGUCUCGCUUCGCCUUGCCCUGCUGGGGGCCUGGGCCUUUACGGCCCUGGGCCAGCGGCAGUGCGAUUGCGGCCAAUGCCCCAACUAUGAUUGGACGUCCACGUGCUUCGACAACUGCACCGUCACGGGAGACCCCCACGUGGAGCACAGCUGGCGCAAAGGCUACGAGAACGGCUUCGACUUCCAGCCGCAGGGCAUCUGGCGCCUGGCAAAGACGGAGACGUGUGGCGGCACGGUGGAGGUUCAGGCGUUCUUUUGCCAGUACUUCUUCACCAGGCUCAGCUCCGCCAUCGGCUACGCCAUCACCAUCAACAACGGCGACAAGUACAUCGUGAAGAGGGUCGGCGACGACUACGUGAUCGGGAGCCCCAACGUCGAGAGUGCAACCCUGAAGAUCUUGAACGACAACACUACGGACCCUGCGGCCGGAAUCAUCAUCACGAGUACCGACAACUGCAUCCGCAUCAAGCUGAACACCCAGCCUUUGUACGGACGUGCUGCGCAGAAGAAGUUCACCCCGGACGCCUACUUCAACAACAUCAUCAUCAAGGUCUGGGGCUGUGCGACGACGGAGGAAGGCAUCUGCGGUGCUGAGAAACUGUCAACCCAGUACAUUGACCCUGAGAGCGACGCGAACCUCUUCAAGACGCCGGACAACGAAAACCUGUGGCAGGAUCUCUGCGAGUUCUGCCAGGAAGAAGGCAAGGCCUUGACGCCUCCCGGCUGCCCCGCGCCCCCCGGUGGCGGCAUCAUGGAGCCCGGCUGCGAGUUCAUGAGGCCCUUCGGAAGCCCGCGCGACAAGCUGUGCUAUCCGGGGGUCACCGAUGACGCCGAGAACGAGGCCGCCCUCGAGGCUCUGAAGGAGGAUGGCGAGAACUGCGUUGCCUUCGUGAACCUGCAGACGCCAACCUUCCCGCGCAGGACUUGCAGAGACUGGUGCCAGGACCGAGGUGCUCGCUGCGUCGCGGCAUGGGACGAUGCGGGCACGGGAAGGUUCCCGAACGAUGCCUUCGCUUGCAACAUCUCGACUGCCACCGAGAAGUCUUGCGACGACCGCGCGAGGGAUACCCACUGCGUGUGCGAGAAGCCGGACAACAACGCGCCCGGAGAGAGUGUGGCGCAGACGUGCGCAGAUGCACGGGACCUGAACGGCUUCAACUUCUCCUACCUGGAUGCCGCUGACAUGUGCCGGACAGAGGCUAUCUGGCUGGACGGUGUGACCUACCCGCAGAACACGGAGCAACCCACGUUCGAGCAGCGGUUGCUGGUGUACUGUGUCCAGGACGUGUGUGCCACGGAUACAGAAGACAGGCGGGAAGUGGCCCGAAGUUACGGAGAUCGUGAUCCAAGCUUCCCUCCCAACAAGCCCAACCUCUGCAACGGCCCUCUGCUUUGCAACCUGAUCUGCACAGCAGGGUUGAUCCAGGAUUGGACCGAGUGCAUGGACGUUUGCACGGGCCACCGAUCCAUGCUGAUCCACGCAACAGGCCGCUACUGCAAGGCUGGGCUGUGCCCAAGCUUGCUGCAGGAGACGGAAAUCAUAGGGCUGCUGCAGCACCGACUAAAGCAGAACAGCACAUUGGAGAUCACGGAUGAGGUGGAGGCUGAGGCUGAGGAGACGGAGUCGAGGAGGUCCCGGAGGAAGUCCUGGUCCACCUCCUCCAGGAGGUCCAGCCGCUCCCGCCGCUCCAGCAGCAGCAGGUCGCGCAGGUCUGUCAGCAGCAGGUCUCGGCGGUCAACCUCGCGACGCGUCAUUCCCAAGUCGCCCAGCAGCCGGUCUCGGCGAUCAACAUCGCGACGAGUGGUCAUCGGGGUCCGCCGCCGCAAGGACGACGACGCUGGCCGCCGCCGCAUUCUCAAGGACGACGACAUCUGGGUGCGCCGCCGCAUUGUCAAGGACGAUGACAAAGACUCCCGUCGCCGCAUUCUCAAGGACGAUGACAAGGACUCUCGUCGCCGCAUUGUCAAGGACGACGACAUCUGGGUGCGCCGCCGCAUUGUCAAGGACGAUGACAAGGACUCCCGGCGCCGCAUUGUGAAGGACGAUGACAAGGACUCCCGUCGCCGCAUUCUCAAGGACGACGACAUCUGGGUGCGCCGCCGCAUUGUGAAGGACGAUGACAAGGACUCCCGGCGCCGCAUUGUCAAGGACGAUGACAAGGACUCCCGGCGCCGCAUUGUCAAGGAUGAUGACAAGGACUCCCGCCGCCGCAUUGUCAAGGACGAUGACAAGGACUCCCGGCGCCGCAUUGUUAAGGACGAUGACAAGGACUCUCGUCGCCGCAUUGUCAAGGACGAUGAUGAUGGCUCCCGCCGCCGCAUUGUGAAGGACGAUGACAAGGACUCCCGGCGCCGCAUUGUCAAGGACGAUGAUGAUGGCUCCCGCCGCCGCAUUGUCAAGGACGAUGACAAGGACUCCCGUCGCCGCAUUGUUAAGGACGAUGACAAGGACUCUCGUCGCCGCAUUGUCAAGGACGAUGAUGAUGGCUCCCGCCGCCGCAUUGUCAAGGACGAUGACAAGGACACACGUCGCCGCAAGGCCGACGAUGAUGACGGCACGCGCCGCCGCAUCUUCAAGGACGAUGACGGCUCUCGGCGCCGCAUCUUCAAGGACGAUGACGGCACGCGCCGCCGCAUCUUCAAGGGCGAUGACGACGAUGGCACCCGCCGCCGCAUCUUCAAGGACGACAAUGGCAGCCGGCGUCACCGUCAUCGAUCAUCCCAAAGCGAUUAG